CUCAUGUCAAUCGACAAAUUUCACCCUGCUCAAUUACUUAAAUUCGCGCAUGGGAUUCGCGCUGGCUCUUUGGCUCUUGCCGACUAAAAUCCUCUCGUACAUGUUCGUUUACUGUCUCCCAGAAGACGAGUACUCGUACGUCUCGCCGCCAGUAGAUGGGAUCAUGCAGUGGUCAGGCAACGUCCAGUCUUGCCACGUCCAGUCUUGCCGAUCCCAUACUUCCCCUCUCCGGCUUUUCGUCAGCUCAAUCACCAGAGACCAUAUCACAGCGACAUGCUCUAAGCGAGACAAGCAAGGUGUCUGCCGACGCAGGCGGGGAUGCCAAAUUCCAUACGGAAAAUAUGUAAUGGUGGCGCGAGUGAUGUUGCUUCUUGGGACCAUAGAGCAAUUCACGCUAUACAGUUCUAAGAAGCAAUAGAAGCCAGGGUGGUCUUAAAUCGGUAGCAGCCUGUAUUGAAUCGCUCACUUUGCUCUCUGAGUAGCAGUCAGACCAAGGCCAACAUCAUUACGUGGGGUGGUCUCGCACACCAGGUGCAGACAAAUGGU